GCUUCCGGCGGCCGCGGCCUGCUGCGCCCGGCCCGCUGCUCCCCCGCGCUGCUCCCGCCGCUCGGCGCCUCCAUCCUGGUACUUGGGCGCCUCCAUCCUGGUUUCUCAAGUGCCCGGACCCAAAACAGGAAGUUUGAGUAUGAGCACAGUUGAAGAAGAGUCUGACACAGUGACAGUAGAAACCGUGAACUCCGUGACUUUGACCCAGGAUACCGACGGGAAUCUUAUUCUUCAUUGCCCUCAGAAUGAAGCUGAUGAAGUAGAUUCUGAAGGCAGCACUGAACCUCCACACAAGAGGCUUUGCUUAUCAGAGGAUGAUCAGAGUAUUGAUGAUUCCACUCCAUGCAUUUCCGUUGUUGCCGUUCCAAUUUCAGAAAAUGAUCCAAGCUUUGAGGUGACUAUGACUGCUACGACUGAGGUAGCUGAUGAUGAGAUUAAUGAAGGAACUGUUACUCAGAUCCAGAUUCUUCAGAAUGAGCAGCUGGAUGAAAUCUCCCCUCUAGGCAAUGAAGAAGUGUCAGCUGUUAGUCAAGCCUGGUUUACAACCAAAGAGGAUAAAGAUUCCCUAACAAAUAAAGGCCAUAAAUGGAAGCAGGGAAUGUGGUCAAAGGAAGAAAUUGACAUUUUGAUGAGUAACAUUGAACGUUAUUUAAAGGCUCGUGGAAUAAAAGAUGCCACCGAAAUCAUCUUUGAGAUGUCAAAAGAUGAAAGGAAGGAUUUCUACAGAACCAUAGCGUGGGGGCUGAACCGGCCUCUCUUUGCUGUUUAUAGAAGAGUUCUUCGCAUGUAUGAUGACCGGAACCAUGUUGGAAAGUAUACUCCUGAAGAAAUCGAAAAGCUCAAAGAGCUAAGGAUAAAGCAUGGAAAUGACUGGGCAACCAUAGGAGCUGCACUGGGAAGAAGUGCAUCUUCAGUGAAAGAUCGGUGUAGGCUUAUGAAGGAUACCUGCAACACAGGAAAAUGGACAGAAGAAGAAGAAAAGAGGCUGGCAGAAGUGGUACAUGAGUUAACCAGCACAGAGCCUGGCGACAUUGUCACGCAGGGGGUAUCAUGGGCCGCUGUUGCAGAACGGGUUGGAACACGCUCUGAAAAGCAGUGCCGGUCCAAAUGGCUUAACUACCUGAACUGGAAGCAGAGCGGAGGCACUGAAUGGACUAAGGAGGAUGAAAUCAAUCUAAUCUUGAGGAUAGCGGAACUUGAAGUGUCUGAUGAAAAUGACAUCAAUUGGGAUCUACUGGCAGAAGGGUGGAGCAGCGUCCGCUCACCACAGUGGCUUCGGAGCAAAUGGUGGACCAUUAAAAGACAGAUUGCAAACCACAAAGAUGUGUCAUUCCCUGUGCUAAUAAAAGGUCUUAAACAGCUGCAUGAGAACCAAAAAAACAACCCAGGACACCAGCUUUCAGAGAACAAAUCUGGAAGUGGAUUACCAAACACUAACUCCUCUUCUGGGGUUCAGCAUGUACAGAUUCGAGUGGCUCGCUUGGAAGAAAAUGCAAGCAACUCACCGAGCCCUAUGGCAGCUUUGCAGAUCCCCGUCCAGAUUACUCAUGUCUCCUCAGCUGAUUCCCCUGCUGCUACUGGCGACUCUGAGACAAUAACGCUAAACAGUGGAACACUACAGACCUUUGAGAUUCUCCCCUCGUUCCAUCUCCAGCCUACAGGAACUCCAGGUACUUAUUUGCUACAGACGAGCUCAAGCCAAGGCCUUCCUUUAACACUGACUACCAGUCCCACAGUGACCCUAACAGCCACUGCUGCUCCAGCCUCCCCAGAACAGAUCAUCGUUCAUGCCUUAUCUCCAGAACACUUGCUGAACACAAGUGACAAUGUCACAGUGCAGUGUCAUACACCGAGCGUCAUCAUUCGCACUGUUGCUGCUGAAGACAUCACUUCUUCAGUAACUCAGGCAGAACUUACCGUCAAUUCAGACAUUCAGGCAGCUGACCUAACAGAUCCUCCCAGUACCCUGGAAGGAGAUGCUUUUCCAGAUGAAAUCCAUCAGUCCAAACUAAGUGACGAGGAGCAGUCUGCUUACAAUGAAGAAGAAGACUCCAAAUUCGGUGGCAGGAGUAAUGCAGAACUGAUAGAUGGGGUUAUGGUAAGAACUGAAGAAGAGAUCUCGGAUGCAGACCUCAAACGUGAAGAGGAUUCUCACUCCGAUUUAACUGGCACUUAUGUCACUGAGGACCUAGGUUCUCCAACCAUUGAAGAGCAAGUGGAUCAGUCUGCAAUAGAUGAUGAAACAGUCCUUAUUGUUCCCUCAUCCCAUGGUUUUAUCCAGACAUCAGAUGAUAUAGAUAAUGAAUCAGUCUUACCUCUGACAAGACUAACAGAUCCUAUAUUGCAACACCAUGGAGAAGGAUCACACAUUAUUGGCUCAUCAUUGGGUAGCCCUGAUUCUGAAGACUCCAAGGAUGUUGAAGACUUAGUUAGUUGUCACUGACAAGCAGUAAAUCAUGUCUGUUUUCUAUGACUAUGUUUGCAUCAUGAAGUUAGUUACAGCCCUGUACCACCUGUCCAAAGCAAGCAGUCAGUCUACAUGGUUAAGAAAAGAAAGCAUUGUUUAGUUUAAAAUGGCUACAGUGCACUUUUACUGCUCAUAAGACUUUUUACCUCAUUUGUAAAGGGUUACAGAGCUGCUCACAGCCCAGUUUGCUACAUUCAGCAAGGCUCUUUUUAUUUUAAAGUUUGCAGUGCUCAUGGCUAGGAUCUACUUGGUCAGUCUGACCUGGCUGUUACUAGUGUGCUGGACUUCACACACCAUGAAAACUGGACAGAAGCCAAGGAUUGUAGGCCUUAGCUUGUUAGUGCAGCAACAAGAAUUAGUUUGCACACCUUUCAUGAAGAAUGAAUGAGGAUUUCUGCACUUACUGACUCUAAGAUGCAGAGCAAAAGACUCUACGUUCAGGAAGAAAUGUAUCUGAAGAUCACCCAUCAGGGACGGCAUGGGCAGCAUCAUUCAGGAGUGGUGUGUUCUCCACUCACUUGACUUGUCAGUACUUCCACAGGGUAGGAUCCUAGCUGCAGAUGCUCUCAAAGUUGUCCUGCUCUGCUUGUUCCUGAAGAGUCCAUUGCUGGCAAUGGAUGUAGUUGCAGAAAGGUCAGAUGUGGAAGAUUUUUUUUUAAAGAAAUCACUACGAGUUCAAUAAAAAGGGAAAUCUUAUGAAAAGGGAAGCUAUUGAAGUCCACCAGCAUCUCCCAGAAAUCCAUGGCCUCUGGGGAACGUUGCAGGUAGAGUGGAAUGAUUGCUUGCAUAGCAAUACGCUCCCAGCACCUACCAGCCACCUCUUCAGAGGUGAAUUAUGCAGCAAGCAAGCUCAUACUUAAGGGAGGGAGGGAAAGUGGCAAUGAGGCAGUGGUGCCCUUAGCAAGGGUCUUGGAGGAGCAGGUCAGUGACUGCUUGGGCCUGGUUCCCCAAUGCAAAGAAAAUCAAUUCAUUCCUAUACUUGAGUGUUAAGAGAGACACUAGGCUAAAAACAGCCUUCUGAGUGGGGUGGGAGAAAAAAAAAUAACUAUAGAAAUGAAAGAUGCGUGUAUAAAUUAUUUUAUUUAUUUCUGUAAUUAGCUCUUCAUAAUCAGAGUUCACCUUUCAGUCAGUGGUUUUGUUAAUGUGAAAUUAAGUUGUAGUUUCAAAAUGGUUUGCCUAGGGAACACAAAUAAUUGUAUAUUCCGUUUAAACAAAAAUAAAGAGUAUUUGUCUUA